CUAAUAAUAGAGGAGGGAGGCUGCCCUCUUCCUUUAAGAGCCUAUAUACUUGUUGCUUACGCAAAUAAGAAAAUAGCAACAUAAUGGUCAUCAAAGUAUUCCUCGCCUCCUCAUCAGGAUCCACUGCGAUCAAGAAGAAGCAACAAGAUGUGGUGGCCUUCUUGGAAGCGCUGAAAGUGGACUAUGCUCCGCUGGACAUCGCCUGCAAUGAGGAGAACCGCAUGUGGAUGAGGCAAAAUGUUCCAGAGGAAAAGAAACCCUCCAAUGGCAUCCCUCUUCCCCCUCAGAUCUUCAACGAGGAGAGCUACUGCGGGGACUAUGAGACUUUCUUUGAUGCCAAGGAAGACAACGCUGUAUACUCCUUCUUGGGGCUGGCCCCUCCUCCAGGCUCCAAGGAAGCAAUGCAGGCUGACGAGGAGCAAGACAUUGUGGAGAAUGGCACUCAUGCUGAAGAAAACAAUGAUGAAGGAACCCAUGAUGACUCAAUAGAGGUUCCUGAGGAGGAUCGUAAUGGCGAUGCACACGAGGACGAGGAAGAGGCUGAGGAAGGCAUAGAAGAGGACGAGGUAGCAGAGCCAGAAGGAAAUGAAGCCACGGAAGGAGACGAGGAAGCUGAAGAGACAGGCCAUGCCGAGGAGGAUGAAGAGCAGGAGGAAGAGGAUUUGCAGUCAGAGGAGGAGGAGGAGCUACGACAGCUUGAGAAUGAAGAGGAGGCUGAUGUAGAGGAAGAGGGAGAAGAAGAAGAAUAUUUGGAAGAAACACAGGAAGAGGAGACUGAGUAGGCGAUUCAAACACCCUGACACCCUCCUACUUAAGCCUCCAGGAGACUCCUGUGACAUGUGACCCUUGUGAACCCUGAACUCUGACCCCUGCGGCUCCUUUGGGAAGCAUCUUGACUCCUCCCUAAAGCGGCACUGCACCCGCCGUCAUGUGCUUCAAGAUGCCACAAAACGUCCUCACCUGUUGUCUUCCAUGUUGACCACAAUGAUGGAUAUUGCUCUUAGAGACUACUAUAGGAAGACUACAUGUACUGUACGUGCAGAGCUUAGUGGUGCCGCUAUGUCUUUAAUGUUAUUUUAGUUUAAUCACACAAAUCAACCCUGGCCUCACCUGAUGACCUCAAGUUCUGUUUUAAAGUGUCAGAAUCUAACAUCAAGAAAGAAAGAUGCACGUGUACUACAAACUAGGACUUAAAAUGAGGAAAAUGUACUGUAAAACGACACUCUAGACUGCCUCUGGCAAUACUGUUGUACAAAUAAUGCACUUUUCUGAAGGAAUGAUGUGACUAAGACUUGGAAUGCAAUGGAAUAAAAUGUAAUAAAUUGGUUUAAAUUGU